AUGGAUGUUAGAGGCGGCCUUUGCCACGUCUACUUGGUCGGCGUCACUCACCUGUCCGAGGAAUCAACCAGACAAGUUCAAGCUAUAGUGAAAUUUCUGAAACCGCAGGUUGUCUUCCUAGAAUUGUGCGAGAGUCGGGUGGGACUGCUUGCCCUUAAGAAUCUUAAGGUACCCACUACGGACGAAAUGAUUACAAUGUUGAAGAAAAAACAUAAUAUGUUUGAAGUAAUUUAUAGUUGUGUCCAAGCCGAGGUUGCUAGUAAGCGUGGGGUCAUUCCUGGCUCUGAGUUUCGUGUGGCAUAUGAAGAAGCCAUCAAGUAUGGCGGGAGAGGAACACCUGGGGGUCGCCCCAUACAGGGUGAUGCUGAUGUUGAUAAGCUGGUUGAUGUACGGAUAGUUGUAGCUGUGUACUAUGUAGUGUGUAGUGACCAGUCGGGUCGUUACACUAAUAACUGA